AUGUCAGCUUGUUUAAAAUUCGUUCAACGAGUAACACGUGCAUUCGUAAAUGCUGGCGGUCAUGAUGCAACUUGUUAUCCAGGCUUACACAUUCAUACAGCCAAACCAGGUCAUAUUAUCGGACAAUUCACAAUUCAAAAACAGAACUUGAACAGAUUGAAAACACUACAUGGUGGUGUGAUUUGCUCAUUAACUGAUACUAUGGGUAGUCUGGCUCUGGCAAGCAAGGGAUUAUACUCUACUGGAGUAAGUACGGACAUUCAUACAACUUUUGUAGCGCCGGGAAAAGAUCAGGAAACAGUCACUGUCGAAGGCAAGGUGAUCAGUUUGGGUAAAACAUUGGCAACUACUAGAUUUGAGCUUAGACACCCAGAUACAAACGCUCUUUUGGCAUUCGGAUCACAUACCAAGUUCGUUGGAAAGGCACAUACACAUCCCGAGAACGUUGAAUUCGACGAAUCAGGCGAAAAGGUCAUCAAAGGCAAACAGCCAAACGAAUGGGCAGAAGAUUAA